ACAGGUUCGUGGGCUUCCGAUAGGGUGGCAGAACGUGUGCCUUUGCCUUAAUUCAUAUCAUAUCGCCUGCUGGAGUCGGGGUUGAGCUGGUCGGUCGGGUCCCUUUACUCGCUUGUUGUAACCCUUAUUAGUAGUGCCUGUGCCUCCUCCUUCCUCCACACUCUCUCCCUUUCUCAUGGUAUUGCAGUAGCUAACAGCAGCUUGUAAAGUAACCCCUCGAGUCGAUGACUACGAAAUCAUGAGUUUCAGUGUGUUUUGGUGAUACUUGCCUCCGUGUAGGCCUCUAAAGCGCUGCAUUUCCGUUUUUAAACGCAUUUAUUUCAUUGCUUUCUUAUAUAUUCUGUCUCGAAUAGUGAGAGAGAGCAAGCCCCGUCUCGGUAUAUACAGAUAUAUAUUUAACUUCUUCAGUCUUGCUCCAUCACAGUGUUCAAAGUGUGUUUGAAAGGGGGUGUCACGCCUACGGAAAUCGCUUUGAUAUAUACGAAAAUCGUCCUUAUUAAUUCAUUUCACGUUCUAUGAAGACUUGGCGGAUCAGUAGUGUGACAGUGAACCAGGAUGGAACACGACUCGAUCGGUCGCAAGACGUUUUUCUUCUGGAUGAAACUCCGCAUGUCGCUCCUGCUCAUCGUCAUCGCCACCAGACUGACGCUGGCCACCUCCAAAUCUAACAAUUUCUGUGAGUCUCCCUCCGUGGCGCUCUCUCCCGUUGCACAUUUCAUAGACAGCAUAUCGGAACUGUGCCACGACCCCUUCCUGAAGCAGCACAACCGCAUGAUCGAAGGGGCGGUGUUGACCUCGAGGGGCGAAAGGAACCUCAAGUGUGUCAUCACCUUCCAGACGGACUCGAUCCUCCAGCGGUUCAUGCUGAGGUUCGAGAGGCUCCAGCUCGACUGCAAUGACCACCUCUUCAUCUACGACGGCGCCUACGCCAUGGGGACCUACAAGGCUGACCUCUCCUGCCGUAACACGUUACAAAACGUAGGCACGAUCUACACCCAGACCAACCACGUGACGCUGCGCUACGUGACGGACCAGUGGGGACCGAAAGAGAACGGUUUCAAGCUCCUCAUCACGGCCUUCAAAGACAAAAAGCACACCUGUCUGCACUUCCGCUGCGAAACGACGAAUUACUGCGUCGACCGGGAACUGACCUGCGACAAUGUCAACCAUUGUGGAGACGGCUCCGACGAAUCGGCUUCCCUGGCUCGAUGUCCCUCGACGCCCUUGGGCGACAUCCUCGGCCUGUCCGGAGAGUUGCUGGCCACCAUCGUGGCAUCUGUGGCCUUCCUGUGCUGCGCAUGCGGAGUGGCGGUCGUCGUCUGCAUCUACCGGAGGAACCGCGUUCUCCACACACCGCCUCCUCAGACCCAGCCCUCUUACCCCAUGGAGGUGAGCGGCAACUAUGGGACCAACGGUACCUUUGGAACGAUGAUAGUAGAGAAGCCUCCCCCUUACCCAGGGGCCCCACAACACACCUCUGUCAUUCCUCCAGGUUCGAGCCCGGGAAACCUGGUCCGCCCUGCGUUCGGGGUGGGGUGCAGUACGCUACGACCGCUCACAAAUCUCUUCUUCCCGUGUCUGUAAGAGCAUCAGGCUCUGAGAGCGAUGUGUCCUCGACGCAAAAGGAAGAGUGGUUUGUAUAGGUGCGGCCACACACAGUGUACGAAUCUCCCCAGACGCAGGGUGAGUCCCGAAAACGUCUGCAAGUCACUGCCCCCCAGGCAGACGAAACAACUUUGUCUCACUUCAGUCUUCACUGUUUCCUGCAAUAUUUCACAUUCACCACUUUUCUUCAUUCUUUCCUGAGUGUAUUAUAGUAAUGUAUGAGAAUUGUUUAUAAGUGUUGAAUGUCAAGAGAGAACAGGCACUUCAAUAAUCCAUGACUCAAGAAGGGUCAAUGUCACUAGAAAAUGCCUUCAUUGUCAAGGACACUUUUGUUUUUUCUUUUGUGUGAAACCUGUGUUGUCAUAUCAUUGUUGGCAGCAGAAUUAUGUGACUUUUAUCAUAUGAAAUUGCUAGAGUAUAGGUUGCAAAGGAAAAUGCCCAGAAUUUUGAAGGGAGGUUUUCCCCAAUGAACUGAUUGCUAAAUACAGUAUAUUUUUAAAUGGCAGCUGUUUACUGACAAUUUUUAUGUUUAAUGUCAAGGAUAUAAGCAGAUAAGUUAAAUUUUGCUUUGCAUAAUUAAUUACUGGCCAUUUACUUCUCUUAGUAUGUACAGUACUCAAUCCUGUGUUGAUAUAUCUCAUCAUUACUGGAUUUCAUCUGAUAUAGUCAUGAUAUACAGUUAUUAGUGUUAUACAGUACUUGUGAGGUUAGCUAUUCAGUAUGUUUCUUUCCAUUCCAUAUAUUUAAAUGUUAUGUCCUGUUUGUUACUGAAUUUAUUGGUCCGUACUGUGUUCAACCUUCUGUAUGUAAGCUGUUGCCAAACAAAUCUCGUAAUUUCCUCUAGUGACGUAAAGUACCUUAAAUUAAAAAUGUUAACAAAUGCAAACCUUUCAUAAAAUUAUUGAAGAUUUUUCAAUGAGAUUAUAUUUCUGUCUUUAGUGGCCUUUGAAUUAAGAGAGAAAUGUUUUUCAGUUGUUCUCAUAGCAGUGUAGAAAAUUUUUUGUAUCACAAGCAGUUGAUAUAUAUGCUGUAUAGAUAAGUCUAGAUUUGCAUGCGUACAUAUAUGUACAUGUACAGUCACAUAUAUGUAUGCCUGUUGAUUUAAUUUUUAACUGAAUUCUAUCAGUAAUGUUCUAAAUAUCCCCAAUCCGUCAUUUUCAUUCCAAAUGUAGGAUCCAGCAUUAUUACAGAUAAUCACUAAUCAUAGAAAGUUGAUGACAAUACAUACUUACAAAAUGCUGUAAGAAAUAUGAAACUUAAAGCAGUUGGUUUGAUAAAAAAUCUUUGAAAUCUAAGGAAAUAUUCAUGUUUAUCAUUGCUUUAAUUCUAAGAGACAAUAAGACAGUUUUCUUUUUCAUAUACUGUAUGUAUUUAUAUUUAUAAUAAUGUCAUGAACCAAUUAAUGUGUUAAAAUACCAUGAUCCUAAAUGUGAAUUAACUUGCUGUUACAGUACGUAUAUAUAUUCUGUAUGUAUUAGGAACAGGAAAGCUUAAACACACUCGUGAUAUAUUAGGAAGAAACUCUUAUCUUAACAUGUACAAAUGGUAUCAAGCAAGUUGCUGCAUACUUGAUAAAGAUGGUAAUAGGUAACAUAAAAGUAUAUCCAGCAAGUUGGCCAAAGUUUACACAAUUUGAUAUAAGGGAAAUCUGCAUAAGUACAUACAUACAUACAUUACAAAACUAACAGGUAAUCUUUAAGUUUUGUUCAUUUUCAUAUUCUCUUUGUUUGACAUUAAUACUCAUAUAAUGUAGUGUUUCAAGUUGAGUUUGAACUGACUUAACUUAAAAUUAACAUUAGGUUCUUUGGUGACAGCAAACAGUAUCCUAAAAGAUAUGUACUAGGGGACUGAAGCAAUUGCAACGACCAUAUCAUAGAAGCAUAUCAAAAUGGAAUACAUAGUACCUACAAAUUACAUUGAUCUAUAAAUUUCUCAUCAUCCAACACUGGUGCAUGAUGUACAUAGGAAUAAUGAACGUUUCUGAGAUUUUGUUAUAUUUGUGAAAGCAGGUGGUAUUAAGUAUGCAUAUCUACAUUGCAAGGAGUGCAAUAAUGAAGUACUUUUUAACGUAAGAAAUCAUAAGGAUCUGUGUUAUGGCUUUUUCAUAUUCUCCUAGACUUUAUAGCUAAAACAGGCAUUGAUAAAAAGCUUCAAAGACUGUGAUUACGUACUAUUUCAAUAAUAAUUUCACUGAAAGUGGACUUGGUUAUAAUAUGGACACAUUUAACAGCAUACUUUCAUUUCAAGUCCAUUAAUAUUUUAAAGUAUUUUCAGUUUAUUAAUAUAGAGUAUUCAGAUUCAUAUUACAAAUGAGGGCAUAUCAAUAACUUUAAAAAUUAAAAAGCAUUUGCUCGAAAAAUUCUGUGUACUGCAAGUGUUCUGUCAAUGCUAUGAAUUUCCUUCAGAGAAAAUUUUACGCCAUUAUGUCUGCCAAAUAACCGUUAUAAAAUUCCAUCCCAGUUCAGCAAAACCAGGCUUAAUCUAGCUUUCUUCCUGAAUAACAAAUUACAUAAUGCCUUGCUAAAUGCAACAUUUUGUAUUCCAAGAUGAGCUAUUACAUUUUAAACCGUGCAAGAAACUGAAGAAAAGGUUUCAUGUCAACCAUUCAGGCAAUUUAGCAAGAACUUUGUUCAAUAUUCAUUUUUGACUAGAUUACUUUACUCUAAUUGAAGAAAAUGAAUAGCCUUUAGCCCUAGCUAGGCUUUGCAGGGUCCUUUCCACUUUGCAGACUGACUGUUUCUUAGGGAAGUACAGAUGUCUAUAAAUCCAUUUUGAUCCUAAUGAGCCCAUCACUUUGACUUCCAAAAAAGGUUGUUUUAUAUAAAUAAAAAGUAGUGCUCAUGUUGUUUAUGAAUUGUACUAAAGCAGGAUAUAGAGUUUAUUAUUUUUGAUGAGUAAUAAGUGAGUAGGGUGUACAUUGUAGUCAGAGUGAUUCACAAUUCCCGCCAGUUAGAGACUGGCGUGGAAUUUGUAACCUGUGGUCUGAUCUAGAUACAUUCUUUCUUGUCUUCUAUAGAUACAUUUUUAUUUUGGAUUUACAUGUGAGAAGGGUACAGGAUAGACCGAUCUUGGAUAUCCACAUGUUUCCUUUUGAACAGAACAUUAUAUAGACUCCAUUCAACUUUAUCGUCAUAGGUUCCAGGGCGUAUGUAUCUAAUUCCAGGCCCCACCUAUUGUAGAAACCUACACUAAUGAGGAAACAGAUGAGCUGUAUGAAUGGCCUGAGAUCUCGUUAAGCGUGAAUCUCUCUCUCUAUAUAUAUAUACUAAAGUGUGUGUUCAUUUCUUGAUGGAUGUUCCAUUUGAGUCACUUGGAGGUGACAUUUGUGUGAGUCAAUUUUUUGCAUAUUGAGUGCAACUAGUCAUUAAGGUGCUCUAAAGGAGGAAGUAUAUACAUUGUAAUUUAGACCUACGCAUUCAAGAAUUAGUGAGGGGUAUCUUCACAAAUAAUCAUUAGUGUUUUACGCUGUUUCUAAGAUGGAUGAUUAUGUCAACAUCAUCAUUUAUAUCCUUGGAUUUGAAGGGAGGAGGAAAUAAGCCUAAAAUAUCACCUUCCUAAUAAUAUUCCAUUAAAAUACGUUUUUUUUCUCUUAGGAUCAAGUAGUGCCAAUGGUAAACUUGCAAGUAUAAGGAAAAAAAUUCUGUCAGUUUCCUACUACCCUCAGUGAUAAAAUUUAGGUACUCUGUCACAGCACAAAAGAUACUCCUCCUAAAUCUACAAAUUAGCCUAAUGCAUAGUUCCAGUUUGUGUAAGUAUCUACUGUGUCUUUUUUAUAGUUUUUCUUUUUUAUUGUAAUCAGUUAAUUUUUAAGAUCUUUUUUUCUAGAGUACAAUAACCAAGUUGCUGCAACCACUUACCUUGGAAACUGUAUUUCAAGGAAGCACUGUAGCAUUAUAUUUUAUUCGCAUAGGAGGCAUGAUUCUUCAUGCAUUGUUAGGUCAAGUUGAUGGCAAUAUAGUUAUCUGUGUUCAUUUAUAUGAUGUUUUUGUAAAAAGUCCACCCAAAAUUCUUCUGCAGACUAAAGACAAAAUAGGUCAGUUCUCUUCAAUCAAGUGUUUUGUGGCUUAUUACAAUAGGCUUAGGUAUAUGUAAUGUCCAUUCAUAAAAAAUACAAAAUAACUUUUCA